CGGCUGCUGGCCGGGCGGGAAGAGCCGGCCCCAGGUCCCCAGAGUGGGAGCGUCAGCCUGUGUCAUCUGCACGCAGGGACGGGCCCAAGUCUCAGGGGCUGGGUGGGGGCCGUCUGCGCACGGCCCCGCUCCAUCGUCCCUUCUCCCCGCAGCUCUGAUGGUACCAGGCGACAGGCCGGCCUUGCUGUGACUCGGGGACACCAGCUCUCCUGAGACCAUGUCGGCGAUACAGGCCGCCUGGCCCUCGGGCACGGAGUGCAUCGCCAAGUACAGCUUCCACGGCACCGCCGAGCAGGACCUACCCUUCUGCAAAGGAGACGUGCUCACCAUCGUGGCCGUCACCAAGGACCCCAACUGGUACAAAGCGAAGAACAAGGUGGGCCGUGAGGGCAUCAUCCCCGCCAACUACGUCCAGAAGCGAGAGGGCGUGAAGGCGGGCACCAAGCUCAGCCUCAUGCCCUGGUUCCACGGGAAGAUCACGCGGGAGCAGGCCGAGCGGCUCCUGUACCCGCCGGAGACGGGCCUGUUCCUGGUGCGGGAGAGCACCAACUACCCCGGGGACUACACGCUGUGCGUGAGCUGCGACGGCAAGGUGGAGCACUACCGCAUCAUGUACCACGCCAGCAAGCUCAGCAUCGACGAGGAGGUGUACUUCGAGAACCUCAUGCAGCUGGUGGAGCACUACACCUCGGACGCCGAUGGACUCUGCACGCGCCUCAUCAAACCAAAGGUCAUGGAGGGCACGGUGGCCGCCCAGGACGAGUUCUACCGCAGUGGCUGGGCGCUCAACAUGAAAGAGCUGAAACUGUUGCAGACCAUCGGGAAGGGGGAGUUCGGAGACGUGAUGCUGGGCGAUUACCGGGGCAACAAAGUGGCCGUGAAGUGCAUCAAGAGCGACGCCACGGCCCAGGCCUUCCUGGCUGAAGCCUCGGUCAUGACGCAACUGCGGCACAGUAACCUGGUGCAGCUUCUGGGCGUGAUCGUGGAGGAGAAGGGCGGGCUCUACAUCGUCACCGAGUACAUGGCCAAGAGACGUGUGCGAGGCCAUGGAGUACCUGGAAGGCAACAACUUUGUGCACCGAGACCUGGCCGCCCGCAACGUGCUGGUGUCCGAGGACAACAUGGCCAAGGUCAGCGACUUCGGCCUCACCAAGGAGGCCUCCAGCACCCAGGACACGGGCAAGCUGCCGGUCAAGUGGACGGCCCCCGAGGCCCUGCGGGAGAAGAAGUUUUCCACCAAGUCCGACGUGUGGAGCUUCGGGAUCCUCCUCUGGGAGAUCUACUCCUUCGGGCGAGUGCCUUACCCGAGAAUUCCCCUGAAGGAUGUGGUCCCUCGGGUGGAGAAGGGCUACAAGAUGGACGCCCCCGACGGCUGCCCGCCCGCCGUCUACGAGGUCAUGAAGAACUGCUGGCGCCUGGACGCCGCCUCGCGGCCCUCGUUCCUGCAGCUGCGGGAGCAGCUGGAACACAUCAAGACCCACGAGCUGCACCUGUGACCUCCGGCCUCCCGCGGGCCCUGGGCCUGCGGGGCCAAGCCUGGAUGACCGGUCGGUCGGUCCGUUGGUGGGCCGCGGACCGGGCCCCUGAACUGAGCCCAGCGUCCUGGGUCCCCCACCUGCGCCGCGCACCUGCGCCGCGCACCUGCCCGGCGGGCUUGGGCGCCCCCUGCCGGCCGCGGCGGUCACAGCAGCGGAGGCGGUGGAGGAGGAGGGGGCCGCGCCCCCCCGGCCCCUGGGCGCCCGCCGGCUGACUUAAAGAGUUCUACCCCUCUCCUUCCUGGAGACUUUUUUUUUCCGUGUGUUUAUUUUUUAUUGUUUUUCAAGAUAAGGAGAAAAAGUACCCAGCCAGUGGGCAUUUUACAAGAAGUACGAAUCUCGUUUUUCCCCCUUCCCCGACCCGGGCCUGCCUGUGCGGGUGGGGGGCUGGGCCCCACCCCGUGUCCGUCCGCGUCCCGUGUCGCCUCGGCCGCGCUUGACCGUGUCGCACUGUUGCAUGCGCCCGCGUCCGCGUCCGCCGGGGGCCCGGGGGUCGCGCGCCGCCGCCUUGUGAGCCGCAACCGUAAUAAACCCUCCGUGCGGACCGCGCCGCCGCCUCCGCCGCCCGGC